AUGGAUAUGUUUAAUGGUUCCAAACGAAGCUCGAUCUCAUUUGGUAGUUAUCAAAGAACGCCAAAUCAAAGUAAUUACUUUCCUUCUGGCUCUCCUUACAGUAACAAUGCCAAUAAUAGUAAUAAUAAUACUAGUCUGAAUCCAGGUAAUCCCACAAAUCUAAAUAAUAAUGGGAAUGUAGGAACCACACCCACAAGUAGUAAUUCAAAUCAAGCCUAUAUUACAAGAUCACCUAUGUAUUCUCCUUUGAACUUUACUCAUCAAGGUGGGAUUAGUCCAGCUUAUCCGCAAUUAUUCAAUUUUAGAAAUUCAACUUCUAUGGGAACUGGUCCAGGUGUUUGUGAAUAUGAAUCAAAUAGACCUUUAUUUGCAUUAGAUUGGAGUCAGGAUGAUUAUGUGUGUCUUGGUUCCUAUAAAGAAGAUAAUUUAAAUAAAUUACAAAUCAUUCAUACAGGUGAUUUGCUAAAUUGGAACAGGGUCGCUGAAUAUAAUGUAACUUAUCCAGUGAGCAAUAUCCAGUGGAUUCCAGCUCAAUUACAACCCAGAAAAUUUGCUACCUGUUCCGAUUCUCUAAGAUUAUGGUCCUUACGUGAAGAUACUUCUUCUAUUGAAGAAAUCCUAAAUUUAUCGUAUUGUAAGUAUAACAAAUUAAGACAGAAUACAACCACUAAUGGUACAAAUGAUUCAAGAACUUCUGUUGGUGUUGAUCCAUCAGUAUUAGGGCAAUUUCCACCUAUCACUUCAUUUCAUUGGAACCCAAUAGAUACAAAUUUUUUGAUAUCUAGUUCAAUCGAUACCACCUGUAUUGUUUGGGAUUUACAAAGCAACAAUUAUGUAAAGACGCAAUUAAUUGCGCAUGAUAGUGAAGUAUUUGAUGUUAGAUUCUUAACGCAAUCUACUCAGUUAUUUGCAAGUUGUGGUGGUGAUGGUAGUGUAAGAGUGUUCGAUUUAAGAUCAUUAGCGCAUAGUACCAUCAUUUAUGAAUCAGCAGCCAACACAUCUAUGUCAAAUCUUUCUUCUGGUGGUAUGGUCGAUCAUCCAGGCUCCUUAAAUACAUCUUCGAGAGUUGGCUCUGUCGAUUUAUCUUCAAAAUCAAAUGCUUUACUCAGAUUGGAACCUUCUCCAACGGAUCCUAACGUUAUUGCUACUUUUGGUGCUGAUUCUAAUAGCGUUUUAAUUUUAGACAUGAGAAACCCGGGUACUCCUGUUCUAACAUUAGAUGGUCAUUCAGCACCAAUAAACCAAAUUAAAUGGCAUCCAACCAAAAAAAAUACAAUUUUAUCGUCAAGCGAUGAUUGUCAAGUCUUAUAUUGGAAUUUAAAUGAUCCUUUGACUAUUAGUCCAUCUGAAAAUGGCGAAAUCUCAGCAAAUAGUAGUAGUGUUAACAUUAAUUCCGAUCAAGCACAGGAUGCAUCAAGCAUGUCUAAUGUUCCUAUUUGGAAUACAAGAAAUGAUAUUAAAAGCAUGGAUACACCAUUCAUGUCAUAUACUAGUAAAGGUAGAGAAGUUAAUAAUAUUGUAUGGAGACCAAGAAAUGGUGAUUGGUUUGGGGCUAUCAGUGGCAAAAGAUUUCAAAACGUUAAAGUGUUUUCUUGA